UGAGAUCUCGACUAUGAAUGGGAUGUUAGUAUUAAGAUGUGUGUGCCGAGCGUCAUUGCGAUAGUUGCAGUGACGUACCAUAUUGUGCGUCAAAUCUUGAAUAGAAAUGGUGACAGUAGUAUGCGGUGCGAAGAGUUGACGAAAUGCUCUGGAGGUUCUAGAUUUCUUAUAGGAACAAGAGGGUCUCGCUAGUUUUUGCGGUUCAGAUAUUGGCCAGAUCGUGGCGUAACAGAUGUUUCUGGUGUAUGGAAGCUGAUUAAAAUUAUCUGGGUAGCAUGCAAAACAGCUUUCCCCUUUGAUUUAUAUAUUAUUUACUUCGCGCGGUUUGUGCAAAGCAUACGAUGCUCACUACAGGCUAUACAUAUACAGCACAUGUUAUAUAAGCUAUGACUUUGUAUAUGUAUAAAUAUAUUUACACGUACCCGAAUAUAUCUGCAAUUUAUUUCAUAUAUUCCGCAUAGGAACAGGUGUUUCAAUUUGUAAGCCCGAUAUUGCCAUUGAGCGUCGCUUCGGAAUGUUACGCACACCGGAUGCCUUGAUCGUAGGAUAUCGUCUAGUCGAACUGAGUACUCGUGUGACACGUUUCAAUGGCUUGUUUUGCUUGGCCUCUGCCUUAAAGACGGACUCCCUUAUGAUUCCCCUGUUCCUGAUCGACGAAACCCUUAUAGCCCUUGACGACUAUGAUCGAUCGAUACAAAUGAUUUAUGAGGCAUCGUAACGGGUGCAUGACUCACACGAUGUAAAGCCUUUAAUUAUACUAGGCCUUACAGAAGCUACUGAAGAACUGCUGUUACUGAUAGACUAGGACUUAAUAUCAGCCUCAUAAAACAUCACUGUUUCGUCGGAUUUAAUACAUAGUGGUACAUUACCUGUCCUGUAAUCAUUAUACACGUUAUCAGUACAUGGAUGACAAUUGGAUUAUGACGUUGCCACUCCACCAGGUAACCACAAGCGCUAGCUACCUCGUUCUACCUUGCACUGGUAAAAUCCAUGUAUUUAUCAAUCAAAUAAAUUGUACGGGUUCUCGCCUUCGCCUUGUUAUAUGCCACACAAGUAUGUAGUGAUUCAACAUGGUAUUACCUACGGUACUGCGACUAGACUUUUUGACGAAAUGUGGCUCUUUGUAAGUCUGCUCCGAUUCUAGCCGAUGUAAAAGCGCAUGAGACCGCUUCCUUUGUCAGGGAACUCCAUUUACAUCACUAGUAAGACUCCCAGAAGAGCACAGAUCGCUACAAGUGGACGAAGAGAUGGCAAGAGAUAUACAUUUAAAUGAACUAUGCCAAACUGUGGCCUAAUUCUAUCUGCAAAUAAUUGUCGAAAGAAUGAAAAGGGUCUGUAUUCUUAUAAGAUAUGAACGUUUCGAUCUACAAUGAAAAUACUGCUUGGAGUCAGCCCUGCUCGUCUGAAAUUGUUCAGUCAUACGGACGUACGAGCUAGCCUUUUAACGAAAUUCAAUGGUAAAUGUUAGACUAUUGAAGUGUUAUUUGUUGGUAACUAUUAUACGCAUGUAGCAUAGGAAAAACGAAAUCAAUUUAUAUAUACAGACAUAUAUAUAUAUAGAUUCUACGACAUAUGUAAAAUAUGAACGCGACGUUCAAAUUCAUCUAAAACACCUCUUGAGCUACUGGAUAUUGUACGGAUAAUCUCAUUAUGUAACUGAGAUUGAUGUUGUUAUAUAAUAUUCUACUACAUUUCGAACCGAUUGCCAAAAGAAGAUCAGCUAAUAUCGAGACAGACAGUCAAAUAGUAGCAGGUGGCUUUUUUUUUUAGAGCUUAAUGUGCCGUAGGACUUUUGCUAUCGUCUCUUAAUUGCACCAUGGUGUUUUGUAUCGGGCUAUAAGUCAUUACCUGUUUCAACUAGCUACUUCACCUGUGGGGUAGCAGUACUAAAUUGACUAUUUAGUGAACAUCUUUUACAGUGUCCUAUCUUUGACGCCGACAAAUCCCAAUUACAGAAUUUAUAUAGCUACGCUAUAGAUGCAGCCUACAGCGAUUAACAUAAAGCCUCGGGCGCGUACCUUCUGUGACCUUUACGGGAAGGCUCAAUGCGGCAGCAAAUUCUUCGAAACUAUCAAUUAGUCAUGGAACAGAUUAUCUUCGAUAAUUAUAGAAUGGAUCAUUAUCACCAUAAGGUCCUUGGUAAGCUGUGGACGUUGAUUGGGCGUCCAUUUUCAUGAAUUACUACAAUUUGAGAUGGGAUAGCUGCCUACCCUCUGCUAAUAACGUUAACGGAUUCUCGUCAGUUAUCGACUGGAUUGAUAUCUAUCGUUCGUUCUAUUCAGGCUCUUUGCGCCCAACGCAACGUUACCAAUUACGGUGACUCUUCGACGUCAUAAUAUAGAGGAAACUACAUGGCGAGCGUAGCAGGGCGCUCAAGUAGCUAUAUUUACGUAUAGAACAGCGUACUCAUUUGGCCGGAAUCAAAGAAUCAGCCCAUGCACAUUUAUCUAAUCAAGUCACUGUACAACGGAUAGAAUCUGUGAAAUAAAUGUACAUGUCGUCUCGGUCAUAGCGACGUACAAUCUAUCCCCUCAACAUUUCUAUCUAACCCAAUAUGAGUUAGAAAGGCCCAAUUUCUGAAUUCUUCGAAUUUCAAUAUCGAGACCCAAAAUGAUGCAGAACAGUUUAUGGAGGACGUCCUAGCACAUCUGCCCAACAACACUGUACAUUUAGCAGGAUUCUAUUUUAAGAUAAAAAAAACUUUAUUGUGGAAUUUUCUAAUGACACAUCGUGACAUUAAUGCGUGGUUCAACAAAGGCCAGGUUAGCGGGAUUGACACGAUCAAGACCAAAAGCUGUCGGCCGCCAACAUCACAUAAGAAGAAGAUUACCGUGAAGUGUCUUCUUGACUUGAAUAGUACCUUCGUGGUUUAUGAGGCACUCGUAACUGGGUUCAACCUAGUGGGGACAAUGUGGGCUGCCAAGGUGGAGGUGCGCUUCCGCGGGACGGAGUAUUCUAUCGAGAUUACUAACUUUGAGGACGGCCCUUUGAGCGUCACCAAACUCAUCCUUGAAAGGUUCCGAACAGAGUUGAUUUACCCAGACUUCGGUUUUAACGUAAAACGCAACGCUCGCUUCAAAGAAAAAGUUAACAACGAGACGAAAAGACAGGUUGUCAAUGUGAUCGCCAGCACCACGUUGCCGGAAAUUAACGCGAUACUGCGUAAGCUUUCGGAAAGAAAAUAGGUGGACAUAUCGAGAAUUCUGCUAGCGUAAUUAUCGUGUCUACCAGGAAAAAGGUCUUCAGCUAAAGUCUAUGGUAAGGCUGUUCCGUGUCUGACCUAUAAGUUGAUAAAGAUUCGAUGGCAAUUUUAGUAUAACAACGUUUUACUAUGAUUGAGCAAGGGCCUAAUUCAUAAUCCUAGAUAUGGGCAGUGAUGAUUGCCACACUUCGUACAAUCAAUAUUACUAAGUUACAAAUCGUAACUUGCCAGUUGCACAUAGGCCAGUGGUUUAGAAGGCAGUUGCAAAUAAACGAGGAAGCGCCGUGUCUGUUCCGAGCAUAGUUGCUAGCAUGAAACGACUGAACUCUCCGCAGAACGUAUUAUAUAUCGUAUCCACGCAAACAGUUUUUCUAAUAGUUUAGUGCAAGGAUUGCAGCAGUAUAAAAUAAUAGUGACGAACCGCAGAGUUUACCGAUGGCCAACCGAAACUUUGGCUAAAUCAAAUAUCAAGCGGAUACCAUCAAUGAUCAUCGAUAAAGGGCCAUAGAUCCGUUCUUAGUGACAUGUUGUUCGUAUUGAUAAUGGCACGCAUGUUUUUAUGAUCUUCUCCGUGGAGCAUGACCUUCAUCGAGGAAAGCGUCUCUAGUAAACAGGAUGAUUACUGGAGUUGUCGUCAGAGCCUUAAACACUUUAUCCUGUAAAAAUCACAACUAAAGAGUAGUACCGGCUCCUGUAAAUGCUGCCAUUAGCAAGAUCUGUCCUUCAAAUGACGCAAUUCAGGAUUGUUUUGUAAAUGCCGAUGCGGUCGUACUGCGGAAUUUCUAUGUUGAUUAAUCCACUAUGUUUAAUAUAAUUGUAUAGUGAAUCUCUAUUGAACCUAAACAUUGUGACUCGAUUGCGUGCACCGUAGCUAUUUGUAAUGAAGUCUCAUGGUGAGGUGUUUAAUGGAACCUAAUAUCUAAGCCUAAGCAAGGCUUAGUUGCGCAAGGGAUUAAAUCGCAGUGUCAAUCAUGGACGCAGCAAUCAAGGUCAGUCGAUUCAUUCACUGAGCAAAUGCUCAGGAUUCCAGGUCGCUAAAGGGACACCUGGGUAUCGUACAAAAUAAUGUUUAAACAACAUAAUGUAUAAAAUUGUUGAUUCAUAAAAAGUCAAGGCACGCUAGGAAGACCAACUUCUAUUAAUCUUAUGAAUUGAAAUAUCGAAAUAAAUCGAAGACUUGUUAUUACAAAUGUCCAUGGAUAUUUCUGUACGGAUCUGGCACGAACGAGACCUGA